AUGAAAUAUAGUCAAGACCCUGUAUAUGGAAUACGCUUAGGCCUAAGUAGGCUUCAUCCAAGAAAUCCACAUCGCUAUGAUGACUUUCUCGAACUUAUGAGCUUGUUUCCACCUCUAAAGAAGUAUAUACAAAUUAAGGGCACAAAAGUUAUAGCUGAUUAUAGUAAUAAAGAAUUCCUUUAUGAAUUGACCCGUACUCUUAUGAAUUUCAGGUACAAUAUUGACUGGAGUAUAUCCAGGGGAUUUUUGAUCCCAACAGUACCUUCACGCGCCAACUACGUUCACUAUAUUGCAGAUUUACUAACUCCUGAACAUUUCUAUAACACAGAAAUAAUUUUAAGAGAAAGUAAUAGAGAUGUCAAUACUAUUGAAGGUGAAUAUUCUGAGGUAUCUAAAUCUAUAAUCCCAUUAGGGCUAAAAGUUAUUGGGAUUGAUAUUGGAUGCGGAGCUAAUUGCAUUUAUCCGCUCAUUUGUCAUAAAACUUUUGGAUGGAAAAUGUUUGGGAGUGAUCUUUCAAAUGAAAGCAUCAAUAUAGCAUCUUCCAUUGUAAAACGUAAUGGAUUAAGUAAGAAUAUUAACUUUCUAUAUCAAGAUGACCCCACAAAUAUACUGUGCGGAAUUCUAGAUAGCUCUAGCUUACUGGAUAUAAAUUUUACCUUUUCUAUGUGCAACCCACCAUUUUAUUCUUCAUUUAAUGAUUAUACACAUUCUACACAUCCUAGUCGUCAGGGUGAAGGGAAACUAUUUGAAAUAAUUACGACAGGUGGAGAAGGGGUUUUUAUUGAAAAUAUGAUACAUCAGAGCUUGAAAUUCCCUAAAAGGGUUAUUUGGUAUACAACACUAGUCUCGAAACUUAAUAACUUAAAAAGGUGUAGAAAAUUGUUGUUAGAUAUAUCUAGACAAGGUGGUAACGAAAAGAAGCUAGAAGCUAUUAGAACUAUUACAAUGGAACAAGGUAACCACGUUAGAUGGAUAUUAGCAUGGAGCUUUUAUUCAAAGAUAGAUCGCAUAGCUCUUCUAUCCUUUAUUAGGUCAUAA